GUGUGUUUUGGAGAAGCAGCAGGGGUGUCUUUUAUUCCUGUUAUACCUGGACGCUGUUGUCGGACUCCUCUAUUUGCUGAGCCCGCCCAGGAGCUCUCAGGACAGAGAGCGACUAGCUGACCAUGUUUAACGGGGAGACGAGUUCCUCCUCGGCUAAAAAUGUGGUUCGCAGCUCCAGCAUCAGCGGCGAGAUGUACAAUGUCGAGAAGAGCAGUGGGGGCAACCCAGACUCGGCCAGCAUCACCUCCAGCAAGAAGAGGCGCUCGAGCCUCGGGGCCAAGAUGGUGGCUAUUGUGGGGCUGUCUCAGUGGAGCAAGAGCACUCUGCAACUCAACCAAGCUGACGGCGGCCCAAAGAAGCUGCGUAGUAACAUCCGGCGGAGCACGGAAACCGGCAUCGCUGUGGAGAUGAGGAACAGGAUCACCCGGCAGGGCAGCCGGGAAUCGACCGACGGCAGCACCAACAGUAAUAGCUCCGAUGGCACAUUCAUUUUCCCCAUGACCCGGCUGGGAGCCGAGAGCCAAUUCAGUGACUUUUUAGACGGGCUCGGGCCAGCGCAGAUUGUUGGCCGGCAGACACUGGCGACGCCUCCAAUGGGUGAUGUCCACAUUGGGAUGAUCGACAGGAGCGGGCAGCUGGAGGUGGAGGUGAUCCAGGCCAGGGGCCUCACCCCAAAGCUGGGUUCCAAGUCCAUCCCUGCAACUUAUGUUAAAGUUUAUCUGCUGGAGAAUGGGACCUGCCUGGCCAAGAAGAAGACCAAGAUGGCCAAAAAGACCUGGGACCCGUUCUACCAGCAGGCGCUGCUCUUUGACGAGGGCCCACAGGGCAGAGUUUUGCAGGUGAUUGUCUGGGGAGAUUAUGGCCGCAUGGACCACAAGUGCUUCAUGGGAAUGGUGCAGAUUGUCUUGGAAGAACUGGAUCUCUCCAACAUGGUCACAGGCUGGUACAAACUCUUCCCCACUUCCUCGCUGGCGGACUCCACCAUCGGCCCUCUGACGCGUCGCCUCUCCCAGUCCUCUCUAGAGAGUUCUACAAGUCCUUCUUGCCCCUAAGGGGCAGGGCUCAGGGCUCAGGGCACGGGUGGGAGGGAAGGAAGGAAACAAGGUGGCCUACCAAAACCUUUGGUGGAACGGCUGUAAAUAUUGUGUCUGGUUUGGUUUAGUUUUUUUUUCGCCUCCCUGAAACAAGCUGCUCUCAACAUGUUCCUCGCCAGCUACAACAUUCCACCGUGCAGGCAGGGGACUUUAAACGAGAGGGGUGGGAAGGAGAAACACGAACAAACUUGUGACGCAGAACAAGUGAUGUGACUGACCGACAACCGAUCCCAAGACUGUUACCGCAUCUCAUCGAGUCAUAUUCGGGAAGGAGUCAAACAAUGGACUAUAUUUCUCAUCUGAACAGCUGGCGGGAGCAUCUUGGAUCCGAUUCAUUCAAUCCCACUGCAAGUAGCAUGUUAACUCAAUUUUGUUUUGCCACCGUUUUGUUUUCCUGAUCGUUGAGGAAAAAAAUAGCUUUUUUUAAAAAAGAAAAAAGAAAAAUGAAUAUAUUCAGCACUACUACUUUUUUUAACGGAAUGUAGCAUCUUCUAAUAUUAUGUAGCCUGCCAUGUGCUAAUUUAAAACACAUUCUCUCUCUGCAAUAUCUAGGAGGGACACUCUCCCCACCGACAGGAACCAUCCGCCAGUCACUUGCUGUUUUGGUAGAUUCCUGACACAAAUCUUGCAAGGUCGAGCAAGCAAUCUGUUGAUCACUUUUUUCUUUGGUAGCCUGUGACUAGUGACUCUGCCAAAGCAGUAGGGGAAGAAAAAGGUGCAUUUGACCUGACUGUUAUUUAAGUGUAUUAUGGUUCUGUCUUGAUGUUCCACACUUUUAAAUUAUUUUGAAGGACCACACCCACCAUGCUUCAUACAACAGUUCCAACUAGGAGGAGGUAAUGCAAAGGGAAGCUUGCAAUGAUGGUUGAAUUGAACUUCUAGUCAGUCUCAUCUUUGCUCAUUCACCCCUUGGCAAGGUCCAACUUGUAGCUGAAAGGUUUCCACACUCAAUUACUGCAUUUCAGGGAGCGAACAGAGGGUUUGUCAGAACAUAUACAGCCCAUAACCAGAAAGAAGGGCUGAAUGCACCUUUUUCCAACCCUCGAUUCAUUGGUAUGCUGCAGGGUAACAUCUCAGUUGUAUUCACUCUGGAUCUGGCGUAAGGGUGACACAUAGGUUACAAAACAAACUAGAUGUUUUGAAUUUAUUAUAAUGAUGAGUGUUUGUUUUGUUGUUUUUUUUUAAAGCAGUAUUCUGGUUCCCAAAGAGGACCAGUUCUUGUAGCAAAACUGAGAAUUAUGGAAGCUUUUUAUGAAGGUGCCUAAUGAAAUUUGCUGAAAAUACUCAGGGGAGACACCACUAGAAACUGCGGUUUCUUCAUUAAAAAUAAAUAAAAAUUACACAAUGACUGUCCUGAAGGAUCAGUUUCCAAAACUAAGAGGUGGACAAGUGGUCAGACUGGGAAAGGACAUGAGAUUAAUGGGGUAUUUCUACCUAGCAGCUAUCUCUGGCCUUCAGUCUUUAAUACCAAUCAACCAAAAUCAAGGUUGAGUGUGUGUUUUUAUUAGUAUUGAUUGGCAAAAAAGAUAGUUUCACAAUGCACAGAGCACAAGGAACAUCCUAUGGUUCCUCCUGCAUUGUUAGCAAGGACGAACCAGCUAGAACUUAUUACUGCAAAGAAACAAAACAGUAAACCUGAAGGGUAAGAACUUUGCUAUGAAACCAUCCCCUCCACAAAAUGGAAACUGCCAGUCGGCAAUGUACUUAUUCUUUGUUGGCAGUCUUAUGUGACACAACCAUCAUCAAAUUUUCAGCAACUUUGUGUCAAGGAAUUUCAGCUGCUAUAAAUGUACAUUGAAUUUGCAACUUCACCAAACCAAAAUAUCUUGGGACCACUGAGUGGAGACGAGACUGAAUUCUGCUGACUGCAGAUGGAGAUAGGUCUGUUUGCUCCUCAGUCCCCAGGAUCUCAUGUUUUUUUCCCAAGGAAUCAGAGCCUGGUCUGCUGUGGUGGAGGAGUGACUGUUCAGAACAAGCAAUAUACACUGAUUUCCAAGUUCACGCUUAAAAGCAGCCCUCCUGGGCCACCAUAUGGUUUUACCUUAGAGCCAGAGUGGGUUAUUUGAGGAAGCCCAUUUUGUGCCCAGCUCAUUGGAACUGGAAGAAGGUGAUGACAUGAAUUUAGGUUCCUUCCAGAGCAUGGUCCUGUUACCUGAUGUCCACCUUGGCUGGCUGGACUCGGUUUCUUUGUUCCUGAGUGCUGGAUUUUUUAAUACGUGGGAGGGCAGAUGUCUGAAGAGGACAAGUUUUCAAGGGAGUGAAAUGAACAUCAUCUCUGCUUUUGCUUUGUUCACUCACGUAUUAGAAGAAGAAAAAGGACAACCCAGCUUUUGUUUGCUGGACAAAUUAGCAGGUCUGGUUUGAGUUGGAAAUUGAGUUGAGCAUUGGGAGAUCAGCAUGGACAAAGUAUGGAAGUUUAGUAGAUGUCUUGCUCAUUAAUUUGGACUGAAGUAAGCAGGUUCUUUCCCUUUCCUACAGCACACACCACACUGUCUCUAAAUAUGAGUUAGUACCGUAGCUUUACAAACAAACAAAACAACCCAUUCUUUUCAGAACCAAUGGAAGGGAUGUGACAAUUUCAACCCCAACUAACUCUUAGUAUAAUACUUUGCAGAAGAUAAAAUUGGGAAGUCUGCAGAGACUUUUUCCAGGAUAGCACUCUAGGGCCACCUAGAACAAAGACAAUUGAGGUUGUAUAUCUACAAACAGCAUACAAAAGCCUGUGUUCUCCAAUACAGUCCGCCACUCUUACGUGAGCAGUAGCUGGAAAAUCGACUCAUGUUGAUGUGUGGAAAAUCCAGUGCCAGAACAAAAGAACUGUAAUCUGAAGGCCAUGCUCAGAAUCUCCGGGGAACAAGCUGGACACUCCUGAGCGUUUGGGGUUUUCUGUUAUUAAUAAACAUUCUAUGCUUUGGAGGAUAACAAUGUAGCUAGAAUCAGAACAAAGUCCACCCCGGAUUCCUUUUCAGUAUAAACUGAAGUCUUGCUGCUAGGAAGUAAAUCUGAAAAGCAAAGCACCUGGAUUCGAGGGAAUGAUUCCUUCUGCUCCCCAAGACGGCUUGGCAUGGCAAAGCCACCAUGCCGAGGACUUCAGAUGGCUGCCAUCAUCCUCUAGAAAAACUAUAGCCCAUCAAAGCUUUCGUUCCUGCACUCUCAGCGCUGCCUGCCCAGUCCACUGGAGCCCAUUCACAUUGGGGGACUUGUAGGGGGGACAGGGCAAGUUUUACUUUGGGUUGCAAAAAAAAAAGACAAUACUCAAGUAUCGUGUUUACACUGUGAUGUCAGCUCCUUUUUAUUUUCUUAUGCAUGAGAUCCAGUGUCAGACAUUCCCCUCACUCAGACAAAAAAACCCUCCAUCCAAGCUGCUUUUCUACAUGCUACAUAAAAGAAUACGGUUUCAGCUUGGUGGUUGAGGGGAAUGUUAUAUUGCAAAAGGGCAUUUCUUGUCUGGUAGGUGGUUUGCGUUGACUAGCUGCGAAGAUUACUCAUCAGUUACUCAUCGCACUCUCUCGCUGUCAUGUCUUCUGUCAGGAAAGGAACCUCAGACCCAUUCCCUACGCAUGCCUCUACUGCCCAAGGGGGACUGCUGAUGAGGGCAUUUGCAGACUGUCUGUUUUAGUCUGAGCCUACCCAGUGCCCAUAUUCCCCUCUUCCCCCCCCCCCCAAAAAAAAGCAGGGGGCGGGAAAACCAGCUGUGAGGAUUGUAUAGUAAAUACUUAGGACUUAUUUCUGAGCUCAUGUACACCAGGAAUGAGUCAGUGGCAUUACAUUAGUGCAAGUGAGAUCAGAAUCCAACCCCAGGCAGCCUGGUGGAGUUAAAAGGAUGAACGUGGCCCAAAGUGUUUCCCCUUGGGGUCCAGCUCUAAAAACCUGCAACGAAGUCCAAGCAAAACCAGUUAUAGCCACCCAGCACCGGGGGAGCACUGCAUCAUUUCGAUGGAUAACUAAAAUUGCUGGAAGCUAGAGCCAGGCCUGAUCUAGCAAAUUUAGAUAGGGACCAAAACUUUCCCAGAGUCCAGGAAGCUGUCUGAGGCCCUUCUCGUCUGGAAGUUAGCCCCAGCUUAGUCUGAAGCAUUCCCACAACCGCUGGGGCUUGUAACAAAACAUGAAGCUUUUCAUGCAGCUUCAGCUUUUGUUGCACAUGUUUCACAUGGCCUUCUUGUGAGCCGAGGGCACUAUUACACUGAAAAGGCAACAGCCUAUGCUAUGGCUCUGAAGACACCUGUAACCGUGAGAAAGCAAGCAUGCCCAGAAGUGAUGACGGGCACUGGCUCCCUCCACUGGUGCAGGGAAAUGCUGCGAAGGUUCUUUAGAACACCGGUAUGUCCAAAAACAUACUCACUGCAUGGACUAGGGUAGCAGGUGAUUUCUGUCCAGCAUACCUGGUACAUAAGGCAGUAGCAAGUAGGGAGGAAUGGCCUGACAACCGUCACAGUUCUGUCAGCUUCAUGGUCUGCUGAAAGGGAAUGAAGAAUGUGGGGAGGGAAGGAGAGGGGGGGCAUCUGGGGGCUACAGCUGGGUUUCUAAGUCCAUGAAGCUGUACCAGAAAAAGCCAUGGGCAGCUGAGAUUAGAAUAAGUGCUUCCUGUACAGGUAUCUAUCCCAGCUCCCAGCCCCCCUCUCUGACAUCAGGAACAAAUGUGCCACCCAAGGCACACUUCCAUCGAUGACAUGAUUGAUUCAAAGACCAGAAAGAAGCCAUUGGUCAAAGGAGUUGGGUCUGGGUUACCUUUGCUGACAGGAGGAAUCCUGUUCUGCUGGACGUCUUGGAAAAUCAUUUGGUUUUAGCAUUGAUUUGAGUUGACUGAAAGCCACAGCCUACGUGUGCGUUUUUCUAAUGCACUUAUAAAUACCUUUGUAUUAUGAAAUGGGUGUUGGCAUUCGCUGGAGCAGAGGAGGGCCUUGAAUGGCAUAAAGCCAUCUAUAGAAAUAGCACUGGCUUUAUUGAUUCAGACUUAAAUAAUCCACCUCUGCUCAACUCUCACAAACUCAGCAUCAACCUUUUGCAGAUCGUGGGGCAGUUUGUAGAAUACACACCUGUACGCUAUGUGUUUAAGUGUGCUAGAAAAUAUCAGCAUUUGAAGGGUUAAACAAGAGCUUUCAGCCACCAUGCCGCUUGGUGUUUGCAUUUGAAGCACAGAAAGGACACCUUCUGCAUCACAGAGGGCAGAAAGACAUCCCCUGCCAACGUGAAGCUCCUUUCCAAAAGCUUCCCUAACAGCUGUUUCAGCUGCCGCUCAGCCUUUUUCACAAGGGCAAGCAUAGGAAGCAGUAGUAGGGGCUAAAAUCAGUUGUUAGAGGGUCACGGUAUGCUAGGAAAGCCUGCCUGGUGGGGAAGGGCAGGGGAAAUCUGCUUUAAAUGUCAUUUGAAAGCAUGUGUGGCAGCUAGGAAAAUAAAACAGGUGUGGCAGAAACCUGAAAUUAGAACCUUCACCCCCACAGCGUAGAAAGGAAAUUAUGUAAAAAAAUCUUAAGUGUUCACACGUAUAACUGUUCUUCAUGAAAAUCAGUUACACCAGUCAGCAUCAGCCUGGGCCCAAGACUUGGAAAAGCAGGUUCUUAAGGCGAGAUCUGAGGGAAAGUUUUAUAAAUGUUUGUCUCACUGUUAGUUGGGUAAAGCUAUCAUGUCUUCUUAAAAAAACCAACAAAACCCCUAGAUCUUGUCUAGUAUAUUUCCCUGGUUACUGGAAGGUAACACAGUAGCAUCACAAAGCUGUAGCGUUUCAGUGUGGACACUACCUAUGCCGAUGGGAGGGGUUUCUCCCGCUGGCAGUUAAUCCACCUCCCCAAGAGGUGGUAGCUGGGUCAA